CAACGAGACGACCCUUCCACUCCCUCUCACAGCAAACGUUCGUCACCAUCACCUCACUCAAAGCACUUGCAUGGGCCCGGACCUUUUUCGUCCCCGGAGUCUACGCCUCUCCAUCCCAACAUGGACUCCUCAAGCCCAUCGGCUGGGGGCAUGCACACCAUGCGGGCGCAGGCGCAGGCACAUGUACAGGCACUUCUCAACGACCCCCAUAGCAUCGUCAGGCCAUAACCGCUGGUCCAAGAUCAAACACGACAAGGCCAAGACCGAUGCGCGGACGAGCAAGCUCAGAACGCAGCUCUCAUCAGACAUCAUCAUUGCUUCAAGACUAGGCGGGCCCAACCCAUCGUUCAACUCCCGCCUCUCCGCGGCCAUCGCGGCCGCAAAAAAAGGCCAACUCUCCAAAUCCUCCAUCGAGCACGCCAUCCUCAAAGGCCAAGGCAAAUCGCCCUCGGGCGCGGCUCUCGAACCUUUACUCAUUGAAGCCAUGCUGCCCUGCGGCGUCGCGGCCCUGAUCGAAUGCCAAACGGACAACAAAGCCCGCACCCUCCAGGACAUCCGGCUGAUCGUCUCCAAGGCCGGCGGCACCAUGACACCGACGUCCUUCCUGUUCGAAAAGAAGGGCCGCAUUGUCUUUGAAGAGCAAGAGACAAUAGGCGUGGACGAGGCGCUCGAAGAGGCCAUCGAGGCCGGCGCGAGUGAUAUCAGCAUGGACGGCGCGGACAAUAAGCUCGUCGUCGAGACUCCACCGGACGCUGUCAUGGACGUGGCGCAACGCUUGCAGGACAAGUUCGGUCUGCGUGUGGAGAAGGCCGAGGUCGUGUAUGAUCCGAAUGAGGAUAGUCUGGUCAAGUUGACGGCGGAGCAAGGCGAAGAGGUCGGGAAAGUGCUGGAUGCGCUGGAGGAGGAUCCCGCGCUGCAGAAUUUAUAUGUUAAUGCUACAUCUCAAUGAUGACUUGGUCUGUCUGGAUCGGGCAGUGAUGGAACUGUUUUUACUGUCUGAUGAAGGCAACUCAUUUUCCCAAUCAUCACUCGUCUGCUGCCAACCGGGCCAAACACGGGAGAAGACCUCUUCCAUGCUUUCAGGCAGGCAUUGUCGCGGUGUCUGCCGGUCACCCAAGUCCACAAUUCGCCAAAACAGGCGAUAAUAAUCUCCCCAGGAAUCGUUUUUAUGCGCAAAUAGCAUCU